CGGAACUAGGCGCUGUGUUGACCGGUAAUGAUUAGCAAUUAGCUUGUUUUUAGAAAAGAUUGCAAAGAUUGUACAUUUUUUUUACCUACGUUAUUAACCUUGCACACUAGAGGUGCAGCUGAACCUUUGAACCAACUGUGACCGUGUGGAGCUGCACUAUCAUGAAGUCCUGUCACUACCUGCUGCUGCUGCUCAGUGUGGGAGUCUCGGCCGUGGAAAUCCAACGCCCUCGCGGUGUCCCUCUAUCGAAACGGCAGUUCUAUGAGGAGGGAAAACCUUUUACUUGCCUGGAUGGUAGCCGCACUAUUCCCUUUGACAGAGUGAAUGAUGACUACUGUGACUGCCACGACGGUUCUGAUGAACCAGGUACGGCUGCUUGUCCCAAUGGUAGCUUCCACUGUACCAAUGCAGGUUUCCGACCAGCCUUCAUCCCUUCCUCCCGCAUCAAUGACGGAAUCUGUGACUGCUGUGACACCACAGAUGAGUACAACAGUGGUGCAACCUGUCAGAACACCUGCAGGGAGUUGGGGCGCAAAGAGAAGGAGAGCCUGCAGAAGAUGGCAGAGAUCGCUAAGGAGGGCUUUCUGCUUAAACAACAAAUUAUCCAGGAGGCCAAGAGGGGCCUAGAGGAUAAGAAGGCCAAACUUGCAGAUGUUCAGACCAGUAAGAAGGAUCUGGAAGAUAGGGUGGAAGCUCUAAGAACUGUAAAGGAGACUGCAGAGCAGCCAGAGAAAGAAGCGAAAGAGCGCCAUCUGAAGGCCUGGGAAGAGGAAAAAGCUGUCAUUCGCAUGGAGAAGGACAAGGCUAGAAUGGCUGAGGUGUUUCUUGAACUGGAUGAUGAUGCAGAUGGCUUUAUCUCAGUGGCUGAGCUUCUGUCCCAUUCUGAGCUCGACCCAGAUUCAGAUGGUUCCUUCACAGAAGCAGAUGCCCAGGGACUGUUAGGAGGAGUGGACAAAGUGGACACAGUAGCAUUCGAGUCUGUUUGGAAUAACAUCAAAGAAAAAUACAUAUCAGAGGCCAACGCAGACACCCCAGCACCAGUGGAGACUCCACAGGAGGAGAUGAGGGAGCCAGUCUCCGACAAUGACUCUGAGCAGUACCCUGAAGAUGACAUCCCAGAGGAAGAAGAGGAGGAGGAUGAAGAGGAUGAAGAUGAUGACCCAGAUGAGGCAGACUAUAAGAGCCCUCCUACGACACAGACUCAAGAAAAGAAGGAUGACGAUGAUGAGGGGACUAUGCCACCCUACGACCAACAAACGCAGACCCUCAUUGAUUCUGCUCAAAAAGCCAGGAAUGAGUUUGAUGAGGCUGAGAGAGCUCUCCGGGAAGUGGAUGAUCAGAUCAGGAACCUUGAGAAGGAAAUCUCCUUUGACUUUGGACCCAAUGCUGAGUUUGCCUACCUCUAUAGCCAGUGUUAUGAGUUGUCUACUAGCGAGUACAUCUACAGGCUCUGUCCAUUCAACAGAGUAUCCCAGAAACCCAAGUAUGGUGGAUCAGAAACUAACCUGGGAACAUGGGGGAAAUGGGCAGGUCCUGAGGAUAAUGUCUACGCUGUGAUGAAGUAUGAACAUGGAACAGGGUGCUGGCAAGGUCCAAACAGAUCCACCACGGUUAAGUUAACGUGCGGAAAGGAGACAGUUGUGACAUCUACCUCAGAGCCCAGUCGAUGUGAGUAUCUGAUGGAGUUCAUCAGUCCUGCUGUCUGCCAGGAGCCCCCAAGUCUGGAUUUCGGGGCUCAUGAGCAUGAAGAGCUCUAGAGCUACUUGAUUUGUUGUUCUUGAGGGACCACAGUCACCGCAGCAACAUGGAAGUUGCCAUGCCGUGAGCGCCACCAUAAUCAAGAAUAAACAAUGGAAAUUCCAAUUAGUUGUUAUGUUGUCUGCACAUCCAAUUUUUCGCUAGUCCUUGUUGUCUUGUGUCCGUGAUUUGUGUCACAUGUAGUCAUUCCAUGGUUUUCAAAUAAACAUACUUUUAUUAUAUUCCAA